AUGCGAGCACUAGGAGGGACUGGUCCAGAUGGGGAGCGAGCAUACCAGUAUUGGCCCUUUUCAAGCAGUGAUCUGUACAACUGGAAGGCUCAAAACCCUCCUUUUUCUGAGGACCCGAAAGGCCUAACUGACCUGUUCGAGUCUGUCAUGCACACACACAGUCCCACUUGGGAUGAUUGCCAGCAGCUUCUUAAGACCUUAUUCACCACCGAGGAGCACGAGCGGAUCCUCACAGAGGCCAGAAAGAAUGUCCCUGGCGACAAAGGGCGGCUGACGACCUUGCCGAACCUGAUCGACGAGUGCUUGCCCCUGAAUAGACCGGAUUGGGACUUUGGGAACGCAGAAGGUAGGGAGCGUCUCCGAGUCUACCGCCAGACUCUUAUGGCAGGUCUCCGAGCGGCGGCAUGCCAAUCCACCAAUUUGGCCAAGGUAAAAGCUAUAAUGCAAGGGGAAAAUGAAAGCCCGGCCGUGUUUUUAGAACGCCUCUAUGAUGCUUAUAGACAGUACACCCCGUUUGACCCCCUGGCAGAGGAAAACCAGUCGGCUGUAAUUAUGUCCUUUAUAAACCAGGCUGCCCCAGAUAUUAGGAAGAAAUUGUACAAACAGGAGGGACUGGGAGAGAUGUCCAUUCGGGAUUUAAUGAAAGUAGCGGAGAGAGUCUUCAACACUCGAGAGACUCCCGAAGAAAGGGAGGAUAGAAUUAGGAAAGAAAAUCAGGAAUUACAGGAACGAAUCAGGAAGGAAGACAGAGAGCAUCAGAGUAGGGAGAACAGGAGGCAGCAGAGGGAGAUGACCAGGAUCUUGUUGGCAUGCGUUCAAAGCACAGUCAGGGUGGGACCGAGUCCAGCCGGACCCGCCCGACCGUGGAGACCGCGGCCCCGACUGGAUAGUGGACAGAGUGCAAACUGCAAAGAAUAUGGACAUUGGAAGAGGGAGUGCCCCAAGCGCCAGGGCCAAACAGGGCAAGACGCACGGAUCCUGCUGGAGGGGAUGGAGAGUGACUAGGGGAGACGGGACUCGGAUCCCCUCCCCGAGUCUUGGGUAACUGCUUAUGUGUAGGGGAAGCCAGUAGGAUUCAUGGUAGACACAGGAGCCCAGUACUCAGUUUUGAAUAAACCUACGGAGCCCUUAUCUCAGAAAACCAGUUUGGUGCAAGGGGCAACUGGGUCCAAGGCUUAUCGGUGGACUAGUAGGCGCCAAGUGGACUUAGGCCGCCACCAAGUGACCCACUCCUUCCUAGUUAUCCCUGAAUGCCCUGCCCCCUUAUUGGGGCACGAUCUCCUGACUAAGAUCAGGGCCCAGAUCCAUUUUGAGUUGGAUGGCAUUAAGGUAUUGGAUGGCCAGGGACAGCCCCUCCACAUUUUGACCCUGUCUCUUGCGGAUGAACAUCGCCUGUUCGCCCUGCAGGACAACCCCUACAACCCUCCCUCUACAGAAUGGGCCCGUGAUAUGGAUUAUUGGCUUAAAAAGUACCCUCAGGCGUGGGCGGAAAUAGCGGGUGUGGGUCGGGUGGCCCACCGAGCACCAGUAGUGGUCGAACUUAAAGCCUCGGCCCAGCCUAGGAUCCACCAGUACCCCAUGUCUGCCAAGGCGCGGAAAGGGAUUGCCCCGCACAUUAACCAUUUACUGGAAGCUGGAAUACUGAAACCUUGCCAUUCUGCCUGGAACACCCCACUUCUCCCCGUUAAGAAACCGGGGGGAAAAGAUUAUAGGUCAGUCCAGGACUUGAGGGAAGUGAAUAAGAGGGUUGAAGACAUCCACCCCACGGUCCCCAACCCUUAUACCUUACUAAGUCACUUGCCCCCUUCACAUGUCUGGUAUACUACCUUAGACUUAAAGGAUGCAUUUUUUAGCAUAGCCCUGACACCCAGCAGCCAACACAUUUUUGCCUUCGAAUGUCAUGAUUGCAAUACGGGAACCCCCGGGCAGCUGACCUGGACUAGACUACCACAAAGCUUCAAAAACUCUCCAACUCUGUUUAAUGAAGCCCUAAAUCAGGAUUUGGACUCGUUUCGCCAGAGCCAUACUUCAGUUACGCUCCUGCAGUACGUAGAUGACUUGCUUCUGGCGGCCCCAUCCGAAGCCGAAUGCCGACGUGCCACUAGAGAUCUCCUCCAGGAGCUGGGGCAGUUGGGCUAUCGGGCCAAUGCAAAGAAGGCUCAAAUAUGCAGGCAAACAGUCACCUACCUGGGGUAUAAGCUGAAAGAAGGAACCAGAUGGCUGGCAGAGGCCAUGAAAGAGACUAUUCUUAGACUUCCAGUCCCGACCUCAGCACGAGAGGUCCGUGAGUUUUUAGGGACGACAGGCUACUGCCGACUGUGGAUUUUGGGGUAUGCUGAAAUAGUGAAACCUCUGUAUAAGGCAACCAAGGAUAAGGUCCCUUGGGCCUGGGGGUCAGACCAAAAGAAGGCCUACGAUGAACUCAAGGUCGCUUUCCUAAGAGCCCCGGCCCUGGCAUUGCCAGACCCCCUGAAGCCCUUCACUCUCUUUGUUGAUGAGAGGAGGGGAAUAGCGAAAGGGGUGCUAAUGCAGCAUCUGGGGCCCUGGAAACGUCCGGUUGCCUAUUUAUCCAAGAAGCUAGAUCCAGUUGCAGCAGGAUGGCCCCCGUGCUUAAGGAUCAUUGCGGCAGUAGCCCUAAUAGUGAAGGAUGCAGAUAAACUCACUUUUGGGCAACAUCUGAAGGUGGUGACCCCCUAUGCGAUCGAGGGGGUCCUGAAAUAUCCCCCUGGUAGGUGGAUGUCUAAUGCCCUCCUAACCCAUUACCAAGGACUCUUGCUAGAUGCACCCCGGAUCAUCUUCGCUGAACCCACUGCUCUGAAUCCAGCCACCCUGCUGCCAACCCCGGAUCUGAGAGCUCCCCUUCAUGAUUGCCAAGAGAUCAUGGCAGAAGUCACCCAGGUGCGCCUCGACCUCCAGGACACCAUACUACCCAACAGUGAAUUGGUAUGGUACACUGAUGGAAGCAGCUUCAUUAUAGAUGGUGUGCGGAAGGCAGGCGCAGCGGUGGUGGACAAAGGCGGACACAUCAUUUGGAGUGCCUCGCUUUCCCUGGGGACCUCAGCUCAGAAGGCUGAACUGAUCGUGCUGGUGGAAGCGCUGGAACGGGCCGAAGGGAGACGAGUGACUGUCUACACCGAUAGCCGCUACGCUUUUGGCACUGUCCAUGUGAAUGGCGCUAUCUACCGGGAAAGUGGUUUUGUUACAGCGGAAGGAAAGGCUCUGUGCAAUCUUCCUGAGGUACGAAGACUGCUGAUGGCCGUGCAAAUGCUCCGGGCACUCGCAGUUGUCCACAUCCCUGGGCAUCAGUCUGCCUGGACCCCGGAAGCUGAAGGAAACCAGCGAGUGGAUGAAGCCGCCAAGGCAGCGGCAGUAGCUUCAUCAGCUUUAGCACUCACCCAGCCUACACCUGACCUCCCUCACCUGCCCCCGCGACCUGACUACACUCCGGAAGACCUGCGAUGGAUCCAGAACCACCACUGCCCAGAGCCUGAUCAGCAGGGAGCACCGGGACGGAGUUGGGAAGUGGAUUUUACUGAGGUAAAGCCUGGGAGGUAUGGGUAUAAAUACUUGCUAGUAAUGGUUGACACAUUUUCAGGCUGGGUGGAAGCCUUCCCCACGAAACGGGAGACUGCCCAGGUGGUUGCUAAGGCGUUACUAGAAGAAAUUAUUCCCAGAUAUGGGGUUCCCGAGGUUUUAGGCUCCGAUAACGGCCCAGCUUUCAUCAGUAAUGUCCUACAGGGACUAGCCCGAGCGAUAGGGAUCAAUUGGAAGUUACAUUGUGAAUGUAAUCAGAGCUCAGGGCAGGUAGAGAGAAUAAAUCGGACUCUAAAGGAGACCUUGUCCAAACUAGCCAUUGAGACUGGGGACUGGGUGACCCUCUUACCCUAUGCCAUCUUCCGGGUCCGGAACUCACCAUAUGUACAUGGUUUGACACCUUUCGAAAUUCUGUAUGGGCCACCACCCCCCAUUAUUGUUCGUACUCUACCAGAUCAUGACCCCAAUGUGGCCCCAAGUUAUCUGGCCAGUUUAAAGGCCCUGCAAGGGGUCCAACAUGAGAUAUGGUCCCUAGUGCAUUCCCUGUGUGAAAUUAAGGAUGCACCGAACCCGGAACAUGGCAUCGUUCCAGGGGAUUGGGUAUGGGUCAAGAGACACAGUUCCCGGACACUGUAGGAAAGAUGAAAAGGUCCUUAUGUGGUUAUUCUGGUUACCCCCACUGCCUUAAAGGUUUACAGCAUCGGGCCUUGGGUCCAUCACUCUCACAUGGCCACCAUGGAUAAUGGGAUUUAG